CGCACCUUUGCUCGAACUUUCAAUUCUUCCGUCUAAUUCUCCCCAUCAAACAAGUCCAGGUCUUCUUGCAACAAUGUCGGCCGCUACAGAACGAGCUCCCAGGGCCGAUGCCAAUAUCGCUGGCUCGGGCGGGAAGCCUCGAAGGACGAGUGGUACGCCUGCUGCCGCGCUGCGAGGAAGGCGCGGCUCGGGUGUCGAGAAAUACGACAGCCAUACGGCGACUUGGCACACGACGUCGCACCGCCAUGAGGGACGUCCUGCGACCGACGCCGAGAAGCUCGACGAGCACUACCAGAAGUACAAGGAGAUGUUCACCCUCUCGCCAGACCGACUCAAGCACAUCGUCGAGCGCUUUGUCAAGGUGCUCGAAGUUGGUCUCGAAAAGGACAAGCAGACAGUGCCCAUGCUGCCCGCCUAUGUCUUUGGCUGGCCCUCGGGCGACGAGAAGGGGUCGUACUUGGCCCUCGACCUCGGCGGUACUAAUUUGAGGGUCUGCCACGUCGAACUCAAGGGCAAGGGAGAAUUUGAGGUGACUCAGACCAAAUUUCGAUUGACCGACGAGCAGAAGCAAUGCGAGGGACAAGAGCUGUUUGACUUCUGCGCCGACUGCCUCAACACCUUUAUCAAGGACCACUUCGGCAAUGGCACAGAAGAAGAUGUAAUUCUGGAGGAGGAGAUUGCCCUCGGUUUCACUUUCAGCUACCCGAUGGAGCAAGAGGCAAUCGACCACGGCAGACUUGUACGAUGGACAAAAGGCUUUGGCAACCCAAACACUGAGGGCAAUGAUUGCGCUGCCAUGUUCCGCAAGAGUCUGGAGAAGUUCAAGGUGCCUAUUAAGAUGACGUCGAUCAUCAACGACACUACGGGUACUCUCAUUGCGUCCAACUACGUCAAGCAAGACACGAAGAUCGCCUGCAUCUUCGGCACCGGUUGCAAUGCCGCAUACAUGGAGCACAUCCGCAACAUUCCCAAGAUCAAGCACCUCAAUUUGCCCGAAGACGAAGACAUGGCCAUCAACUGCGAGUAUGGUGCUUUCGACUCGUUCACACACGAGCACAUGAAGGAGAUUCGCACAAAGUAUGACGAGUACAUCGACCUUCAUUCCAACAAGCCUCACGAGCAGGCCUACGAGAAGAUGAUCGCCGGUCUGUACCUCGGCGAGAUCUUCCGCCUGGUCAUGUGCGACAUGGUCGACGAGGGCGCUCUUUUCCUGGGUCAGAACACGUACAAGAUCGAGAAGCCCAACGUCUUCGACACGGCCUUCCUCUCGCUUAUCGAGUCGGACCCUACCGACGAGCUUCUGACAGUGACUGGCCUUUUCACACACUUCUUCGGUCUCGACACCACGAUGGAGGAGAGGAAGUUCUUCAAGAAGCUCGCCGAGCUUAUCGGAACGAGAAGUGCCAGACUUUCAAGCUGCGGCAUUGCUGCGCUUGUCACAAAGAUGGGCUACCUGGAAGGCGACAACCCCAAGGGAUGCGGUGUCGGCGCCGAUGGAAGCCUCUUCUCCAAGUACCCCAACUUCUCCAAGAGGCUCCAGGGUGCGCUCGUUGACAUCUUUGGGGAAAAAGGAAAGCUCGUUGUCCCUCACCAGGCUGAAGAUGGCUCUGGCGUCGGAAGCGCCAUCAUUGCAGCCAUGACCAGGGCGCGCAAAGAGCAAGGCAUCUACACUCAUGUCUGAACGCUUCGCACCCUUCCAUCGUUUCCCCGCCUCUCGGUCUCUGUUACUUAUUCCUCAAGACUAUAAUAGCGUUUUGGUUUGUGGUUUAUCUAGAUGAAGAAAUAGUGUGGACCCAAGAG